AUGGCGUGUACGACCGAAGAUGGGGUGGCAGACAACGCGGGCACGAAUGAUGACACUUCAUCCGCCACCGAGGACGACUGGAGCGACGCUGACUGGGACGAAUGGGAGCGAGAAGGCUUCUAUAUCCCACCAUCGUACAGAGAGAGUCAAAAUGCGAAGAAGAAACCUGCCGCUGACCAAGCUGACCUGACUGCUGCCGACAAUGUCGUCGCGGAUGAGAUCUACGGCGCAGAUACUCCAGCAUGGGAAGCUGACUGGUGCGAAGCAAGAGAAAUUGACAAGGCUUUCGAGUUCGUGGAAGAUCUCAUGCGAGUGCAGACAAGAAACAAAGAAACGGCAGAAGCCCAGUCGCAAGAAAAGGAACGACUAUCACCAGCAGAGCGCAUCUUCGGCGUCUACGAGCUGUGCGAGAACGUGCUGGGCCAUCUACCGACCAAGGACAUCUUCCGCCUCCGUGGUCUUUGCACUAGCGUGAAGACCACGAUUGCGUACUCAAAGACACUCAAGACUAAGCUCUUCCUUAUGCCAGAUAACUCGGAGAAGCCUGUCUAG